CUCACUUCUCUUGGUGAGCAGAAUGAAGGCAGAUAAGGUGGUCAUUCACAAGCGGAGAUGGUGAAGCAGCAAUAUCGGGACUGCCUUGUACCUCACCUCUUGAAAAGAACCAGACUUACGCUUAUCAAGUUGCACUGUUGACACUGCUGUGUCCUGUCCUCUGACUUUGAAGGAUAUCUCAGGUUGAAGGAAUUGAAUCAUGACAUCAGAGGAUUCACCGGGAACACUGUGAGGCGCUAGCUGAGGCGGCAAGCAUGAAGUCUUUGGCCGUCAGUUUCAUCCUUGGGAACCUGGUGUUGGCCUCCUGUUUGUCUUUCGGAGUGGCUUCAACGGAAGGGUUCACCUUACCAAAGGAAAUGAAAGAAGCUGUGGGGAAAGUUAUUGUCAACACCACUGCCUGCAGUGUCACCUGUGGCCUCGGCUAUAAGGAGGAGAUUGUCUGUGAGGUGGGGCCUGAUGGAGUGAAGAGGAAGUGCCGUUCUCAGUUCCUGGAAUGUAUGACCAGCUGGUACUGUGGAAUGCUCCAUUUCACCGCUCUCAGAGGGAAGAGAUUUGAGCUGAGCUGUCUGAGUGCAGACAUCGUGAGGAUUGGUCACAAAUCUUUCCGGUUCAUCUGGAGAUUUGCUCGGGGCAUCAUCUCAAUCGAUGAUGAGCUCUUUAAACCCUUCUUAGUCACUUCCCACUCCUUGAGGUUUAGAUCUGUUCGGGAGGAUCACGCUGGGACCUACCGGUGUGAUGUGCUGAUACUGAAAAAUUAUAGACUUGUCAAGAGGCUCUACUUUGGCCUAAGAGUGCUUCCUCCCAACUUGGUGAGCCUGCAUUUCAACCAAUCACUUACUGAGGAACAGAAGUUAAUGGAUGAGGGCCUGGAAGUGAACCUGGACAACCAUUCCAUGGCCUACCUGCCGUCGAAAAACAAGGUGGCAGGAAUCAUGGGAACAGGAAUUGCCAUUGGUGUGACUGGUAUGCUGGUCAUCAUUGUCUUCUGCAGCUGCCUGAGGGUGGCGCAGCUCAGCUACAAGCAUCUGAAGUUGGCCUUACCAGCUUUGCCUGCCGAGGGCAGGUGACCCAGGAAGCCGCACUAGCUUUUCAGCAGAGCUUUCUGGCUGCCUGACUGAAUUGGCUAAGAGGGAGGGCGUCCACCGCCAAAGAGUGGGGGAAGUAGAGAGGGCGACCUAGGGGGGGGUCUCAUCCUGAUCAUCCCUGCUCACUAGGUGCCCGGGAAGCCUGACGAGACACCUGCCCUGUCCUGCCUCUGGGAAGACUGGUCUUCCAGGCUUGCAUCCAUUUACAGCUUGUCUCCCCACCUCCAUUUCCCUUCUGAGUAGUAGGAGAUAUUAGUAAACUUUUCUAGUGAAAAACUUUUUUCCUCAUCAAUAAAAAUAAUUCACAGUAGCUAUGCAGAGACCUAUCCUUUACUGUUUUUUAAAUUUUCUUGUUGUUUAA